AUGACAUCCUUAUCAACAAUAACUGAUGAUGAAAAAAAACGUUAUGUGAUUAUAAGUUAUAUGUUUGAAUGUGCUGCUAAACUUCGUUUAAGUAUUGUUACAACAGCAUCAGCUGCUGUUAUUUAUCACAAAUGUUCUUCUUAUCUUGAAAAAACAGAUUUUGAUCAAUAUACUUUAGCAGCAACAGCUUUAUCAUUGGCAAGUAAAUAUGAAGAAGAACAUGUUAAAAUUCGAGAUCUAAUCAAUGUUACAUAUCGAACACUUUAUCCUGAUCGACCAUAUCUACGUAUAUCAAAUGAAUAUUAUCGUUUACGUAAUACAUUGGUUGAUUGUGAAUUAUUUUUAAUUCGUAUUCUUGGUUUUCAUUUUCAAUUUAAUCAUCCAAAUAAAUAUCUUCUUCAUUAUUUGGAUACAUUAACGAAAUGGAUGAUGAUAACACCAUCGACACCAAUUAAAAAUAAUAUUAAUUUAAUUGAUAUUGCAAUGUCUAUUUUACAAGAUACAUAUUAUGAUUUUACAUUAAUUAAAGAUUAUUCUCCACAACAUAUUGCAAUUGUUAUUAUUUAUCUUCUAAUCAAAACGUAUAAUUUGGAAAUACCAGGUGUAACAAAUGAUGAUGAACAUAUUAAUUGGAUGAAAGUAUUUAGUUCAUCAAUGACAAAUGAUAUUCUUAUUGAAAUAAUUACUCGAAUUAAUACUGUCUAUAAAUAUGUUGAAAGAACAUUAGAACAUUCGUCAUCGAUAAAGUCUCAUUAG